CGGACGUGAGGUCAGUGGCCAGACAGGAAGUGGUGUGUGCACUGAGAAGCGAUGGAGGCGGCGGGAGAAAGAGCGCUGCCCGCAAGGGAUUCUGAGAGAGACAUCCCUCAUGAGAAGGAGGCCAUGGGAUUGUCUUCUAGCACCAGCAGGGGUGAUGCGGAAGUGAUCCAGGAUGUGUCUGUGGGCGGCCGGACGACUAAGGAGGACGACACAGUGGAGACUGAGAAGGAGAACCUGAACUUUUCUCCUCCUGCUCGAGGGCUGACAGGUCAUGCAUCCAAGUCCUUCCCAGCUCCUCCAUCUUUGUCCUCUUCACCUCUUUCCAGCAGAGCAAAGAUGUCUCUUACUGGGGCUGGAAAGACGCCUCACAACACACAAUCCCUGGCCAUGAGACUGCUGAAUAUUAACCGGGAAGGAGCAGACAAAGUGCAUCGUGCAAGGAAGACCAUCCCACGGGCCGGCGGUAUGGCGGGAGAUGGGAUGUUCUUUUCAGACGGAGAGAAACAUGGCAUAAGGAACAGAAACAGCCCAGAUUCUACUCAGAAAAGAACUAGCGCCUUGCGUGAUGCUACUAUGCUCGCUGCCAUGUCAAAGGACUCUGAGGAACCUUCAGUGCCUUCCUCCCCAGCUCCAGGAUCUUCCCGGGAACCUGACGGCAUGGAGGGUGAUGACUGGGAGCCUGAUGUUGGGACAGAGUUCAGCCUUUUCUAUGACAGCAUGUCUAUGGAGGACCAAAUGGACACGGACAGUAAGGAGGAAGAGGAGGAGGAAGAGGAAGAAGAGUCUGGGAAUCAGUCAGAAAGGAGCACCAGCAGCCUUAAAAGGAAAAGCAAAAAGAAAUGGAAGAUGGACAAGGCCUGGCUGAAACCAACGAGGAAAAGGAAGAGGCGAGAGAGGGAGAAACCUGGAACAGCUGCUAGUACUGUAGGGGGAUCACAAAGUGAGUACACAGAGGUGCCUCUGGGAUCCCUGGAUCUGCCUAGUGAGGGGACUCUGUCUCCCAAUCACACAGGUGUUUGCAAUGAGUCGAGCUCUAUGGACACUGAGCGCUUUGAAGAACUUCCCCUUUGUAGCUGUCGUAUGGAGGCUCCUAGCGUGGAGAGAGUCUGUGAGCAAUCUAACAAUAUGUGUAUGGCCACUGAGAGUGUCGAUGGAGAGCUCAGUGGAUGUAAUGCUCCCAUCACCAAGCGGGAGACCAUGCGUCCUUCCAGCAAGGUACCUCUCAUGGUCCUAUGUGAAAGCCACCGUGCCAGAAUGGUCAAACAUCACUGCUGCCCCGGAUGUGGAUACUUCUGCACCAGUGGGACGUUCCUGGAGUGCCAUCCAGACUUCAGGAUCAAUCAUCGCUUUCACAGGGCCUGUGUCUCUCCUUUAAAUGGAAUCAUUUUCUGUCCUCACUGCGGUGAGGAUGCGUCCGAAGCGGAGCAGAUAACUGUAGCAAAAGCCGAUACCCCUGUGCCUGUUCCUGCCCCACCUCCGCAUGAUGGCAGUGGGCCGGGAAGGGCAGACACUACACAGCCCAGUGCACGGAUGAGCGGUGUAGGUGACGGUAAACGUUCCCUUGAUGAUUCAGCCCUCAAUGCUGACGGCCCUUCUGUUCUUCUACCAUCUGGGGCGUCUCUCAGUACUGCCGGUCUGCCCCCUGGUCCUGCCCGUGAUGCCCUACAGAAAGCCUUGCUGUCCCAAGAGACUGACAAUCUAAACCAGCAAAAGCGAGAAGGAAGAAGCAGAAAGAAGAUCCGCUACAACUCCAGGCAGCUCUACCUUAGUGUCAAGGCUGGGGAGUUGCAGAAAGUCCUGCUCAUGUUAAUGGAUAACCAAGACUCCAAUUUCCUGAACGAUCAGCAGUUAAAGAGAAGCCCCCUCCACGCUGCCGCACAGAGAGGAAGUCUGGAGCUGUGUCAUAUCCUCGUACAGGCGGGUGCCAACUUCAACGCCAAUGACAAGGUUCUCCGUACCCCUCUUCUAGAAGCCAUUGUCAACAAUCAUUUGGAAAUUGCCAAAUAUUUGGUUCAAUGUGGCGCUUGUGUGUACCACCAGGAGGAGGAUGGCUCUACCUGCCUUCACCAUGCAGCCAAAAGUGGAAAUCUGGAGAUGCUGUGUUUCCUGCUUUCCACGGGUCAGGUCAAUGUAAAUGCUCAGGAUAAUGGUGGCUGGACACCUAUUAUCUGGGCUGCAGAGCACAAGCACAUUGAUGUCAUUCGGACGUUGCUGACCAGGGGGGCAGAUGUUACUUUGCAGGACAAUGAGAAAAACAUCUGCUUACACUGGGCAUCCUUCACCGGCAGUGCUGAGAUUGCUGAGGUACUACUCAAUGCACAGUGUGAUCUGCAUGCUGUGAACUUCCAUGGGGAUACGCCACUGCACAUAUCCGCUCGGGAAGGCUACAUCCACUGUGUAAAUCUGUUCCUGUCUCGUGGAGCUGACACAGAGAUUCGGAAUAAUGAAGGCGACACGCCGUGUGACCUAACCCUGGAGCACACAGACGUCUGGUACGCCUUACAGCUCAAUCGUAAGAUCCGGCAAGGUAUCCUGAACAGAGCGGUCCGCACGGAAAGGAUCAUCUGCAAGGACAUUGCUCAUGGUUACGAAAAUGUCCCUAUUCCUUGUGUGAAUGGAGUGGAUGAAGAACUUACACCGGACGACUAUAAGUACGUGUCCGAGAACUGUGAAACGUCGGCCAUGAGCAUUGACCGAAACAUAACUCACCUGCAGAAUUGUAGCUGCCAGGACGACUGUUCUUCUAGCAAUUGCCUUUGCGGACAACUGAGUAUCCGCUGCUGGUAUGAUAAGGACGGUCGUCUUCUACAGGAGUUUAACAAGAUUGAGCCUCCACUUAUCUUUGAAUGUAACCAGGCCUGUGCCUGCUGGCAGACGUGUAAGAACAGAGUGGUGCAGAGCGGCAUCAAGGUCCGGCUGCAGCUUUACCGUACAGCGAAGAUGGGCUGGGGAGUGCGAGCUCUGCAGUCCAUUCCUCAGGGAACCUUUAUCUGCGAGUAUGUGGGGGAGCUGAUCUCCGAUGCAGAGGCUGAUGUCCGAGAAGAUGAUUCCUAUCUCUUUGACCUGGAUAACAAGGAUGGGGAGGUGUACUGCAUAGAUGCCCGAUACUAUGGAAAUGUCAGCCGCUUCAUUAAUCACCUGUGUGAGCCCAACCUGAUCCCCGUACGAGUCUUCAUGUCACACCAGGAUCUGCGUUUUCCACGUAUCGCCUUCUUCAGUGGUCGGGACAUCAAAGCAGGAGAGGAGCUUGGGUUUGAUUACGGCGAUCGUUUCUGGGACAUCAAGAGCAAAUACUUCACUUGUCAGUGCGGAUCAGAGAGGUGCAAGCACUCGGCGGAAGCCAUCGCCCUGGAGCAGAGUCGCCUCGCUCGGAUCGAGGUUCCCGAUUCGGUGCCAGUGUCUGCCGCCGCCGCCCCUAUUCCUCCUCCUCCUCCUCAGCCCGUUUGAUAGUUUAGACUCUUUAAUGUUGGAGCCUAGUUCAAGAGGAACCCUGCAGAGCUUCUCUCCUCCAGUCCUGGGGAUCCUGCAGAGCAUCACACUGCUCACCAAUGUCCGGCCCAAGGACUCGGUGUAGUGAUCUUGCAGAGCGUUGCUCUGUUCGCCGUUCUCCUGCCUGAUCGUUGUCUUGUAAAUCGUCCAGUCUCAUGAAUAAAAUAAAGA